AUGCCCACGUGGUUCUUCCGCAUUCCAUCUCUACAUGUAUGCACAGCUUGUUUCCUCGGCGGUGGUAUCGUCCUCUUAGGCAGCGGCCUCUGGGAUUUCAAGCGCUCCAGGCGCAACGCCGUUCCUGUGUUCAACAGCGCCGCCAUCGUCAAGACGGAGGAGUCGGCGCGCUACCCGUGCAAAUCAAUCAAGGGCUUUGAUGUUGUUGUGCGCAGCUUUUACGUGCCUGUAGCUGCCAACACAGAUAGCGGCAGCCAAGCGCCGGGGCUGUCUCUGCUGGCGCAUCUUCAGAGGCUUGUGGGUCUCUUCUCCAAUGAAAAGCACCGCAUCGAUAGCGCCGAUCCGAACAACGCGGCGGCGGCAGCACAGUCAGUCCGGUGGGUAGUACGAGAUGCCAAAGACUCAGAGGGCGGAGUCGGCUCAAGGCUCAUCUCAGCCUCGUACUGGCCUCCUGACACCUCCAAGUACGCCGCCCUGGUUUUGGAGCCCUCCGCACGAUCCAGCGGCGACUCGAGCGCUGUAUUGCCGGCGCCACCGCGCUCGCUGCUGCGGCAGUUGGCCGACGGGGCUACCUACCAGUCUCUUUCCCGGUGCAACCCACGGUCCACACUUCUGGACAUGGCGUGUGAAGCCGACCCCGCCUACCUUGGUGCUCCCUACCUUCGCGUGCUUUUGAGCGGCUUCCUGCUGCUACCCACCACCCUCUCGCGGCUGAACGUCGCAGUCCUCGGCGUAGGCGGGGGAUCGCUGCCGCUGUUCCUCCAGCAGUACUUCGCGCCCCGGAUUCACAGCUGUGACUUGGUGGAUGUCGAGCCGAUGUGCAUCAAGGCAGCUGUGGAGCAGCUUGGGAUGAAAGAGCUGCUGAACACGAUGGCGUUGCAGCGCGAGGGCGGCGGUGUGCACUACUACAUCGAAGACGCCGUCAAGUACCUGUCCCAUCGCGUUGGCGAGGCCGACCGUCGAACAGAGUGGCCUUGGCAAGGUGGGUCCGGGAGAGUAGCAAGGAGCGGAAAAGGAGCAGCGGCUUCUCCACAUCAUGGUACUUCUGUGUUUCAUGAUGCCGUUCAGCCAACCGCUACCGCGUCACUAGCCACCAGCGCCAAGCGCCAGCGCCAGCUUGACUUACUGUUUGUGGACCUGUUUGUCGGCAGCGAGCUCGACAGGGCCGUUACAUCGCACGAGUUUCUGCGUCUGUGCCGCAGCUCGCUCUCACCUUACGGCGUGGUCGCCUUCAACCUCCCCACGGCGGACAGGCCAUUUGUGCAGCGAUGCAACGAGGUGUUUGGCACCCACAACGUUUACCGUAUUCCUGUACCGGCUAGCUCGAACGAGGUGGUGCUCGCUCGCGGCGGGGCAGAGAGCCGCGGCACCAUGGCCGACGCUCCACACCUCUCCCAUCGCCACAUGUUUCGCCGCGCACAGGAGCUGACGGCGCAGUAUCGUCUUCCCUACGACCUCGCCAACCAUUAUCCUUUCUGGUGGCGACUAUGGUAG